GUACCGCUGCCGCUGUGGGUAAAGGGAAAAUGAAGUGAUGUUACAGGUGAAAAACCGCCUGAGGUUCAGCUCCGUGGCGCUGGCCGCGGUCAGACUCUUCUCUGGACCCACCAAAAACCCUGUGGUGUUCCUGGACAUAGAGGCGGACGGAGAGCCUCUGGGAAGAGUCAUCAUUGAGUUAUAUGCAGACGCAGUGCCAAAGACAGCAGAAAACUUCCGCGCUCUGUGCACUGGAGAACAUGGCUUUGGAUACAAGGGCUGUGUGUUUCACAGGAUCAUCCCUGAGUUCAUGUGUCAGGGAGGAGACUUCACCAAUAAUAAUGGCACAGGAGGGAAAUCUAUUUAUGGAACGAAUUUUAAAGAUGAAAACUUCAAGUUAAAACACACAGGACCAGGUAUUCUUUCAAUGGCAAACUCAGGCCCCAACACUAACGGCUCACAGUUUUUCAUCUGUACCAAGAAAACAGAUUGGCUGGAUGGCAAACAUGUGGUGUUUGGUCAGGUAAAGGAGGGUAUGGAGGUGAUCACCAAGAUGGAGUCCUUUGGUUUACAUGAUGGUGGAGUUCUCAAGAGAAUUGUCAUUGUGGACUGUGGAGAGAUCAAAUAAGCCAUGUGGACAUUUUCAACAGUCACUAUGCAGAAUCUUUACUAUCUACUCAGUGCUGUCUUCUAUUUUCUGACAUUUGAAGGAGAAUUUUAACAAGAUACAAUUCACUUUUUGAAUUAAUAAGGAACACUACUAACCAGGUUCAACUUUUGACUGAUAUUUAAAUGUGUGUGUGCUGUAAUGUGGAGGAUGUGCUGCCAAAUAAAGCCAUAAGAUGAUUUUAUAGUUUCAGACCAGCUGUAAAUGUCACAGAGACACAUGUCCAGUAUUCAUAGAACUGGAAUCUAAUAGUAAAAAUUUCAUUGUCAUCUGAAAUGCAUCUAAACUUCAUGCAGAUCAGUCUAAAACAGUUAAAAUUACUUGUUUUACUGGGCUUUGUGGAUUGCAGCAGCUUUAAAGUAAGUACCUAUAAACCAUCUGAAUGUGCAGUUGUUCAGAGUUACUCGUCUACAAUGUUUUCCCUCUUGUCUUAGCCUGCCCCGGCAUGUGGGAUAAGCUUUUGGAUACAUAUGGCACAUACAUCUUCAAAGCCUCUUUCUAGCUAAACUUUUCUCUCCUCAUUCAGUCCUCUACAUUUUCCUCAUAGAAACUGCCAAGGUGUCCAAACUCAACUUCCACCAACUUCAGUUGAUGGUGAGGACCAGUGUGAGGAAGAGCAACAAAAAGUGUCUGACCAGACAAAAUGUAUUAUAAUGAGUUGUUACGAUCUUUUAUACACUCCCCAGGACCUCCCCCAGGUAAGUACAAUUUCUUUUGAUAGGUGACAAUUCACAUUCUAAUGUAGCAGUAUAUUAACUGUAGCUGCUUACAUUAUGAGGUUCCUUUAAACAAUAAGUGUUUAAAAUAAACUAAAAUACACAAAGACAUUGAAACUAAAUUAAACUGCAGCCAGUUCUCCCCUCCACAUGAACAGGUUUAACCAAAUAAAUUAUAUUUAAAGUAA